AUGAAUAAUCUACAGGAAAAUAGUCCACUUUCUCCUGCCACUCCUUCUGUGAAAGAGUUGGUGAAGGUUUUGUAUGGAGGAAAAAGGUUUGGUAAUCACGCGGAUGAAGUUUGGCCUAACCUGUUCAUUGGUGACAUGUCAGUGGCCAAUGAUCGCUACAGUCUAUGGAAGCUAGGAAUCACUCAUGUUCUGAAUGCAGCUCAUGGGAGGAUGCACUGUCAGGGGAGUCAUGACUUUUAUGGAUCCACCGUGGAUUACUAUGGAGUGCCUGCAGAUGACUCACCGUCCUUUGACCUCUCUCGCUAUUUCUCUCCCUCUGCUGACUAUAUUCAGAAUGCACUUAACACCACUGGCGCUCGGGUUUUUGUCCACUGUGCAGUCGGAGUCAGCAGGUCUGCCUCUCUCGUCCUGGCCUUCCUAAUGAUCCACCAACAUUACACCCUACUAGAGGCCAUCAAUAAGGUCAAAGAGCGCAGGUGGAUUUUCCCAAACAGAGGGUUCCUCAAACAGCUUUGUGCUUUGGAUGUGAAACUACGCAAGACAUCACAACGAGGCAGCAUAGGGAACCGAGGCUUUUAUGGCAACGACUUUGUGUAUUGUGGCAUUCCAGCAGAUGACUCGACACACUUUGAUCUGGAUGUUUACUUCCAGCCUGCAGCUGAUUUCAUUCAUAAAGCUCUGAAGACACCUGAUGGGAAGGUUCUGGUGCACUGCAUCAUGGGAAUGAGCCGGUCAUCGACAUUGGUGUUAGCAUACCUCAUGAUCUACCGUCACCUCCCGCUCAAACAGGCUUUGCAGAAAUUGAUCCAGAAGAGAGCCAUCUACCCCAACAGGAAUUUCCUGGCUUUGCUGUUGGACCUAGAUCUUCAGCUGACAAGAAAAAAGAAAACUUUAUGUGGUACCUCUGUGUGGCAGGUUGUAAAAGCAGAAGUCAAGUGUCCAGACAUGCCCAGAGGCCUUAGCUGCCUGGCGAGCCCUGAGGGGUUGGACGGCAGGUAUGAGACCCCCCCGGCUUCAGAGCUCCAGAGGCUGAUGUGGACAAAGACAGGGACCAGCAACCAUCUGGAUGAGGUUCAGCCCAGGAUCUAUAUUGGAGACAUGUAUGCAGCCAAAGACAAGAGGACACUCCAGGCUCACCACAUCACCCAUGUACUUAACGCUGCUGAUGGGAAGUUCAACGUGAACACGGGGCAAAGCUUCUACAGAGACACCAAAAUCACUUAUCAUGGAGUGGAAGCUUUUGACAUGCCAUCCUUUAACUUGAGUCCCUUCUUUUACCCAGCAGCCAAUUUCAUCAAGAAGGCUUUGAGCUCGCCCACAGGUAAAGUGUUCGUCCACUGUGCGAUGGGUCUCAGCCGCUCGUCCACGUUGGUCCUGGCCUAUCUGAUGAUUCACGAGAACAUGACGCUGGUGGAUGCAAUUAAGGCUGUCAGCGCCAACAGAAACAUCUCACCUAACGCUGGCUUCCUGGAGCAGCUCAGGGAGCUGGACAAACAGCUGCACUUCCAAGGAUCAUCGAGGAGCUGCAGCGCCAAUGGGCGGACUUGAGAUAAAAUCAGGUCAUAAUCGUGGAUUACCAUGUUGCCAGUGUUUCACUUCCAAGUUGCUAUUUUUUUCUGAAAAAAUCACCAAAGUGAAAGAUGCAGAUAUGAGCCCAGAG